GGCCCCCCGGGGCCUCGGCGGCUGCGGAAAGCGAGGCGCCCCGGCGCAUGCACAGUGAGGUUCCACGUGAGCGCCUGCGUUUCUUCUCAAACCUAACGAUGCCGCCGGAACGGAGGAAACGAAUGAAACCCGACCGGAGGGCCGCAGCAAGGCCGAACCGGAAGACCCAAAAGAGGCCGAAUUGCAGAGCCCGAGCGGGGCCGGGCGGGCCGCCCCGAAAGGCUGCCUCUUCAUCCCCCCGGAAACCGCCGGCCCGGCUAGGCGCGGCGGCCGCUGCACUGGCGGUCGCGGCGGCGGAGGAAGAGAGACGACUCCGGCAGCGGAACCGCCUGGCGCUGGAGGAGGACAAACCCGCCGUGGAGCGGUGCCUGGAGGAGCUGGUCUUCGGCGACGUCGAGGACGAUGAGGACGCGCUGCUGCGGCGUCUGCGGGGCCCGCGGGUUAAAGGACAUGAAGACUCAGGUGACUCAGAAGUGGAGAAUGAAGCAAAAGAUAAUUUUCCAACUCAAAAGAAGCCAGUUUGGGUGGAUGAAGAAGAUGAAGAUGAAGAAAUGGUUGACAUGAUGAAUAAUCGGUUUCGGAAAGAUAUGAUGAAAAAUGCCAGUGAAGGUAAACUUUCAAAAGACAACCUUCGGAAGAGACUUAAAGAAGAAUUUCAGCAUGCCAUGGGGGGAGUACCUGCCUGGGCAGAUACAAAAAAGCAGAAAACCUCUUCAGAUGAUGAAAGUGAAGAGGAUGAAGAUGAUUUGUUGCAAAGGACUGGGAAUUUCAUAUCCACAUCAGCUUCUCUUCCAAGAGGAAUCUUGAAGAUGAAGAACUGCCAACAUGCUAAUGCUGAACGUCCUACUACUGCUCGAAUCUCAUCUGUGCAGUUUCAUCCUUGUGCACAAGUUGUGAUGGUUGCUGGAUUAGAUAAUGCUGUAUCACUGUUUCAGGUUGAUGGAAAAACAAAUCCUAAAAUCCAGAGCAUAUAUUUGGAAAGGUUUCCAAUCUUUAAGGCUUGUUUUAGUGCUAAUGGAGAAGAGGUUUUAGCCACGAGUACCCACAGCAAGGUUCUUUAUGUCUACGACAUGCUAGCAGGAAAGUUAAUUCCUGUGCAUCAAGUGAGAGGUUUGAAAGAGAAGAUAGUGAGGAGCUUCGAAGUCUCCCUAGAUGGGUCUUUCUUGCUCAUAAAUGGCGUCGCUGGGUAUCUUCAUUUGCUAUCAGUGAAGACCAAAGAACUGAUUGGUAGCAUGAAAAUUAAUGGAAUGGUUGCGGCAUCCACAUUCUCUUCAGAUAGUAAGAAAAUAUAUGCCUCUUCAGGUAAGUUAAUGAUGAGAGACACUUUGGAUGUUUUUACAUUUCAACUUUGCAGCUCUAAUUGUGGAGUGGUAAACUUAUAUAAUCAAGAUUCUUGUCUCAAAGAAACAAACCCAAAGCCAAUAAAAGCUAUAAUGAACUUGGUUACAGGUGUUACUUCUCUGACCUUCAAUCCUACUACAGAAAUCUUGGCAAUUGCUUCAGGAAAAAUGAAAGAAGCAGUCAGAUUGGUUCAUCUCCCUUCCUGUACAGUAUUUUCAAACUUCCCUGUCAUUAAAAAGAAGAAUAUUUCUUAUGUUCAUACCAUGGAUUUUUCUCCCAGAAGUGGUUACUUUGCCUUGGGGAAUGAGAAGGGCAAGGCUCUAAUGUAUAGAUUGCACCAUUACUCAGACUUCUGAAGAUUAUUUGAAAUCCAAUUGAGCCACAAGAGAAACCCGUCCUGAUAUAUCUUCUCAGAAACUUUCCUGAAUGUGUGAUAAUAUAUGACUAAUGAUUUAUAGAGCCAGCUAUGCUUAAGUUAACAGUAGUGUCUUAAUAAACAUAUGGCAGCUUUUGUUUGAAAA